AUGCCGGAGACGGAGAGUCACUACCAGCGCGCAGGUUACACCCAGCCAAUGGAGGAUGGAGGUGGCGAUGACGACAACAGCCGAGAAACCAACCAACACCAACGGCGCCCCGAUGACCACCUCUCCUGGUUUGUUCUGAUGCUGACCGUCACCUCCGCGCUAGGCGGGUUCCUGUUCGGCUACGACACGGGUGUGGUGUCGGGCGCGAUGCUCCUGAUCAAGCAGGACUUCAGCCUGAGCGACUGGCAGGAGGAGGUGAUCGUGAGCGUGACCAUCGUGGCGGCGGUGACAGCCGCGGUGGCCGGCGGCCCGGCGAUGGAGCGGUGGGGGCGGCGCCCGGUCAUCCUGCUGGCGGCGGUCGUCUUCACGGUCGGGGCGGUGAUGCUCGCCGCGGCGACGUCGUACAGCACCUUGGUGGGCGGCAGGUGCGCUCGUGUUUGUGUCCACGCUGAAUUUUGGCUUGGGUAUACAAUUGGCUUCGGCAUGCAACUGAAAAGCUAG